AUGAUUUCUUAUCCUCGAACAUCUGAAAAUCCUCAACUUGAAGACUCAGCCUUUCAUAGAGCAGCUAAAUCAGGCAACUCUCGCCUUAUCGAAUGCUUUAUAAAAGCAGGCGCCAAUGUAAAUCUUCAAACAAAGCGAUCUGAUGCUCCUCUCUAUCUAGCAGCUCAAUCAAACCAUCUUGACUCGAUUUCUCUUCUCCUUCAAAAUGGUGCAGAUCCAAACAUGAAAAAUUCAGGAGGAAACACAGCACUUCAUGUUGCUUCAUUAAAUGGCAAUUAUGACCUUGCAAAACUGCUGAUUUCUCAUAAUGCAAGUCUGAGAAUUAAAAAUGAGAGAUGGCAGUAUCCAUUUCAUAUAGCAGUCAAAGGAAAUCAUGCAAAUUUAAUUGAAUCAUUUUUAAAUACAGAUGUUGAAGCAGCACUAUUGAAAGAUCUUAAUGGGAAAAUUACAAUUGAUUACUGCAAACAGCCUGAGUCCAAAGCUGUAUUUACUAGGUUUAUAUUAUGGAGAGAAAGGAAAGGAAUUUUAUUUGUGAAUAAAUUUAGCAAUUCGUUUGGAAGAAUUUCAAAUGGAGCAUUUAGGGAGAUUGUGGAAUAUAUUUAG